AAAUAAGCAGAGAUUUAUAUACACCGACUCUAAACAUGUUUUUGCCUUCAUAUUUUAGGUGAGAUUGAGUUACCGGCGUGUACAGUUAGACAGGCUCUCUUCUGCGGCGGGAAUAUCGGGGGUGCCCGAAGAGUAUCUCAGAACUGUUCGUGUUUGCCUCCAUGUGAUCGCACCGAGUACGACAUCCAACUCUCCCACGCCAUGAUGUCGGCUUACUCAGCAGAAAGUGAAGUGCGCAUGCUCCACGACCACAGCGCCCUGCAGCGCGAAUUUCGGACAGCCCGUGACAAAUACCAGAGACUCGACGAAGAAAUUUACCACUAUGACAUCUUCAUUCUCACGAAUCUGUCCGAUGGGCUUCAUUCUAAUUUACACUACAUGAAUAAGCUGAAAAAGGACAUGGACAGCUACGAUAAUGGAUUUGACCAAGACCUGACGAAAAUGAGAGACGCUCUUCAGGCCUUGAAUAACACAGUCCAAGACACAUUCACGCAGUUCGACAAAUCCAGUCACGUGUCUUUCCUGGCUUUUGCAAACCACCUGGAGCCUCCUUUGGAGCAGAUCAUCAAGUACGAACCGAUGGCGGAUAAUUUACAUACAUUAUCACCGGAAGUGAUACGGGCAAAACUAGGGGAGAUUUUACCUAUUCUGGAGCGACUUACCCUGAAGACGUCCAUGUCUGUUCCUGUAACGUCUGAAAUCAUAAAAGGCGUCAACAGUUUCAGGGCAGAAAUAUUGGAUGGAUACGGUCAAGAGUACAAAGAGUUUAAAGACUCGAAAGUGUAUUACGACGUUACGACAAAGGUAUUGUUGAAUUUUACGCACUAUAUCAAAGACACUUUAUGGGAGCAAUACAAAUUCGUGAAAAAUGCUACACAAAAAUCGGACUUCCAGUUCACCCACGUGAAGCGAAAGUUGAACGACUUCUUUAGAGCUAUUCAACAGCUGAAAAACCGAAGCGUGCCGGAUUUGGCAAAUAAUCUUGACGAGUUCUUCAAAGUGUACGUAGACCAUAGGUCGAAGGUCAAAGAGCUGUCUAGUCAGCUCAAUGCUUUAGGGACGGAGUUUUCUGUGGCGUCUGACGUUGUGAAAAAAUCGUCCCAGCAGCUUCGGACGUCACUAGGGGUGUUGCAAAAAUGGUUACACCAGGUGGGAGCUACUGUUACAGGCAUGAAGGAGGGCUACAACAGAAAGGAGUUCUACAAAACGGCCAUGGCAGAAAGGCUUAACAGUGAAACCAUCAAAACGUCUUUAAAAGAAGCAGAGGCCACAUCUCUGGUUCGACGUUUCUAA